AUGGCAUUGGAGCAACCCGCAGUCAACUUAUCAUGCAAAUUACCGGAGUCUCAACCAGGAUCACCGCCACAUACUGCUAAAGCAGCGUCACCACAGCAAUCUAACAAGCAGACAUCGCAGAAAGUGCUUAAGAAACAGGAGCAGAAAAGUCAAAAACUGCAGACAAAGUCUCAGCAGCCGUCUAAUCAGCUGUUACCUCAACCAGUCCAAACUGCACCUUUGAAAAGGGCAGUUGAACAGCUUGGCCAACCGAAACAGGAAAAAUGUGUCCAAACGACACCGACAGCGCUUGAGUCUAAAAAGGCGGAGUUGCUAUCACCAAAGCAGCCACAUGUUGAUCGACCACCACAGCAGAAACCUAUUACGCCACAGUUAAACUUUUCUGCUCAGCCAGUCAUGAAGCAAACAGUCCAAGCAGCAGUGCUGUCACAACGUGCAUCUGAAUCUGUGCUACAACCUCUUGAUAAAUUAAGUUCAAAUUUUGACCUAGGAAAGACGAAAAACAAAUCGGAUGCAAAAAUGGCAGGGAAAACAUCUGCUUCCCCAAAUGUUUCGAAGUUCCCGAUCUCAAAAACGAUACCGGAAAAGCAAUGUUCAGGGAAACAAAUUACAAAGGGGGCAUCUAUGGGAGCUACAGAGAGAGAAGAGCAGAAAAAAUCAAAAGAAAUUUAUUAA